AUGGCUGUCAUUCCUCCACCUCACCUGUACCCGAUUAUCCAGAUUACCAGGGGUCUGCGUCUGCAGAAAAAAGGAAACUUCUCAUUUACCCCCAAAGAAUCGCCUUUGUCCGGUCUCCAGGGGCGCCCAGCCCUAGCCCUCGGCGGAGCCCAGUCCCCGCCUCCCCGCCGGUCCACGGGGCCCCGAAACCGCGGGGGUCGGCGCCUUCGGCGGGGACGCUGCGGACCAGGGAUGGGACUCGAGCCAGGCUCUCCACCUGGCCCGGUCGCUGCCUGCGUCGCGGGGUGCUCGCCCCCUGCCAGUCCACAGAGCCCGUCCAGCCCGACUACCCGGGGUCCUGGCUCCCUCAGAGCCCACACCCGACCGCGGCCCGCGCGGACGGGGAGAGCCGCCGGUAGCCCCGCCCCUCCCCGCCCCCUGGCUGCACUGCGAGGGACCGGACUACAACUCCCGUCGGGCCCCGCAGCUCCCCUCCUCCGCGGACCGGCGGGAGGAGCCGACCACGGUCAGGGAACCCGCGUACAGUCCGUCGGCGCUGCGAGGAUGGGCGUCCGCGUGUUCGUCGCCUCGUCCUCGGGCUCCGUGGCGAUAAAGAAGAAGCAGCAGGAUGUGGUUAGAUUUCUGGAAGCCAACAAGAUAGAGUUUGAGGAGGUGGACAUCACAAUGUCAGAAGAACAAAGGCAAUGGAUGUACAAAAACAUCCCCCCAGAAAAGAAGCCUGCUCAGGGAAACCCGCUGCCACCUCAGAUAUUUAAUGGCGACCGAUACUGCGGGGAUUAUGACAGUUUUUUUGAAUCAAAGGAGAGCAACACAGUCCUUUCAUUCUUAGGAUUGAAACCACGGUUGGCAUCAAACGCAGAACCCUAGAGGGGAAAAGUGGGAGGUGAUGUGACGGAGAUGCAUUUGGAACAACACCUCCUGGUAUCAGCAUACACCUGCUUACCUAAUGCAUCACUGUGACAAAAGCCACAUGCACCAUCAGUAACUUUGCUUGCCAUGGAAAAGGUGUUUGGAAGAUGUGGGUGUAAGGGGAUUGCAUGAUUGCUUUAAACCAAAUCAGAACUGUGGUGGGUUUGGGUGGGGGUUUUUUGGGGGGUUUUUUUCUUAUUUUCAGAUUGCCCUGCAGUUACCUUGCCUGAAAGUACUGUUACCCGUUAUAGGUAUGCUUCUUUUAAUAACUGAUAUAUAAGCAGGGGCACCAUCAGAGAGAAAAUACUGGAUCUGCCCUUUGUUGUAGCAGAUAACAGUAUUGUAUACACUCACUUCUCUGUGAGCUUCCUGGAUCACAUCCUUGACAUUGUCUGCCAGGCUGUUAUAAUCUGAAUGAGAAAGAAAAGAAAUCUAUGCUGAUUGCAAAAGGCCUUUGAAGACUUUCGCUGCAGAACCACAAAUGCCACUCUUCCAGUGCUUUGUCUUCACAUCUAUUGAAAAAGCUGCUCCAGACUUUUUUUUUUAUUGGAAACUCUUACCCCCAUGAAUCCUCUAAACUCCUACAUGUGUUUUCAGAAAUCACUGUUGUAAUAUUAUAUGAUUCCCACCAGGUUACAGAGAUGAAAAUAAUUGCUAUUUUGGAAAAUAUAUUCUUCUUUAUCUCUUUCAAGGGGAAAGUUUCACCUAAACACACAAGACUGCUUGAAAGACUUAUUUUAAGAGGUGCACAAAUUAGAGAGUAAAUUUAUAGGAAAACUGCCAGAUUAGUAACUGAAGGGAAUUUCAGCUGUAGCGAUUUAUAUAUACAUAAGUGCACAUAUAUUUUUAAAAUGCAGCUCCCCUAACAGCUGCUUGUUCUAUUUUGUGAAGGGAUUCUAUUUUUUUUGAGAAAGGCAAAAUCUCAGUUAAAUAUACUUUAUGAACCCUUGAUGAGGCAUAUUAAAAGAUACCAAUAUUGGUGUACAAUUAAAAAUUUCUUCCUGUGUUACUUUUCACUGUUCUUCUACCUUGCUUAUAUUUUUUUCCAGUACACAGCCUUGGACUUUUCUGAGUAAUACAGAUACACAUUCUUGUUCCACUCUACUAGAGUGGGUAUCCAGAGCAGCAUGUAAGAGGAAAGGGCUGUUUAGAAAGUAGCUCUGAAUUGUACUUGACAAGCAAAUCUCUCCUCCCACUGCAGUGGGUGCUGAUAAACACUGGACGUGUCUACUUCAUUGGGCAGAGACUACUUUUCUGUGUCCCUGUGUUUUUUAGAGUUUGAAAUUGCCAAACAUGGGAACAGCCUUGACUAGCAUCAACUCUCAGAGGGUUGACUAUAAUACUCAACUGUUCCAGGCAUCCUAUGCUAGACCUUUCAUUAUGAUUGCAAGAAGGAAAUUUAUGAGAAAUUGAAAGAGGAAAUGAAUUAAAGCCCCCGUCUCCUGCUUCAUGCCUUGCUAGCUGUGGAGUGUUCUGUAGAACUUUUUGAACGCUAGAGCUGAAACCCCUGAGACUACAGGACUACAAUCAGAAGAGCCAUGGUGAGUUCUUCUCAACUAGAAUAGAUGCACGAUCCACAACUUUCUCUGCUAGGAAAGUUUUUGUCAAAUCAUGGAUGUUCCUGAUUAGCUGGUGUCAAAACAAGAUCCAGGUCAAAUUCCAUUUGAUAAAUCCCAGGGACUACCCAGGAAUGUUUGGUUUUUUUUUUUUUCUGACGGGGUAUUAUGUUUGAGUAUGUGAGUCUUCUAAUAACACUUAGAAUUUCUUUUUAAGAUGCAGAAAUUUAAAACAUUGCUAUUAAUAAUUACCCACCUUGCAUUUAUUCUGUUCUUACCAGUGAGUGCCAAGGACCAAUUUUGUAAGAUUGAAGCUGUGCAAGUUCUGGGGCCGCAGGAUCAAUACCAUCCUUGUUAGACAGAGAAAGCAACCCAGAUUUGUCUAAGUACUUUGAAUUAACCACAGUAUACCUAGUGUGAUUAUAUUAAACAUACUAGAUGGAUAGCAGUGCUAAACUACUACAACUUUUACAUGACAUCCUCUUACCACAAUUUUUUGUUUGUUUUUGGAUCAGCAAAGGAAUACAAGAGAACAGCAUUCAGGGCUUACUGUGUUUGUUCUGAUGGGCGAGAUCCAUGGUGUGUGGCAUUUACCACGGUGGCCAGGCCGCACGGAGUCCCACAGCAUCGUCCUCGGGGACCUGCCCUGUCCUUCCUUGUAUUCUUCUACCAGCUGAAUUCCAAGCAUGAAAUAAUGAUUUUCUUGUUCCCUUUAACUAGCUGCCUUUAUUUAGAUUUUGAUAAUCAGAGUCUUAAAAACCUAGGAAAGAAGUGGAUUUCCAGGCAUAGACACAAUAGCAAGGGCAUUUCCAGGGAGAAUUUUAAUUUUCUAUAGUAAGCUUUUUGGGACAAAGGACGUGUGAUACUAAACAUCAAAUCAUGCCAUUUUAAAAUUAGAUAAAAUAUAGAGUGCCAUCCUGCAGGAUGUAUACAGACAAGAAAAUUAGGAAAAUACUUGGGUUUUUUUUUUUCAAAUUCUUUAUUUUAUUAAAAUCAAAAGGAAGAAAAGAUAUUUUGCCCCUAGGCUCUAACAUAUUGUAGAUUUGUUUCUGUUUUAUAGAUUUAAUUCAACACUCAUACAUAGAUUUUUUUAUAUUAUAUGAAUUUAAUAAUGAGGUCAACUUGUUUUUGUCUUUGAUUAUUGAAAGAUACCAAAGGUAUUCCUGUUUUGUUUCGUUUUGUUUGAUUUUAUUACAGGGUUUUGCUUUUUGUAGAAAUUCCUUUUGUUUAACAGCUUCUCUUAAAUGUCAGGAUCCACUUCAGUCUGCAUAAUUAUUGUUUUUAGAUUUUCAUUUGUACGUGUUUGUCUCUAAAGGCAUUGGUAAAAUCUCAGAUUUUAUGUUCAGCAUUAAAGGGGAAUAAAUUCCAGAAAACACACAUUCUGAAAAUGGAGUUUCUGUUCCCUCCCAUUUCUCAGACCGUCCCUAGUUCUCGUUUUGGUUCACCUGAACUCUUUUCUGUUUGGUUGGUCUGCUUCCCUGCAUGAAUCCCCCACGUGAAAGCUGCAGAUUCCUUGGUAAAAACGCAGGUGGAUUAUGUGCCCUUUGAGGACUGCGCAUGCCUAUUGGGAGCCAUCCAGACAGCGCCAGGGCUGAGGCUGCAGGGGCUGAUGGUUGGCAUGAGCCUAGCUGGUGGAGUGGUCCCCUGUUGCUUGCAGAAACAAGGUCAGGUGGGCGGACUCCUCUGGUGGAUUCCCUGUGAGGAAGCCACUACCUCUGGAAGCAGAAGAAAACAUUUUUUAAAGGGAGUGUUGAGGGUGAUCUCAUCACUGUGCAAUUUCAAACCUUAAACCCUCAGAGGAGAGGGUAGAGGAAAGGUUCAAAGGAGACAAACUGUACAUUUGCAGAAAUACACUAAAUCAUUAACCCAGAAAAGCAAAGUGAUCACUGCCUGCUUGUGACCCAGAUUUCCAGUUUUCCUAGGUCUGGAAAUGCCUGUCAGGCUAGUUUGGUCAUCCUUACCGUCCAUGUGUGGAGCCCUUGGGAUGUGAUGGGUCCUGUCAGGGCAGGACAGUCACCUCCACCUGAGGAUGAGGGAAGCAGGUACAGAAGCAGCAGCACAACUGCUCGGUGACAGAGUUCAAUUCUAGCACUCAGGGCUGAGGUGUGUCAUCUCAAACAAUGCCUGCCAUCUUUGUGUUGCUGUUGUUGUUGAAACCAUCCCAUUUUUUAAAACAAUAUUACAAAUGCAUUCAUGUGCAUUAUAUUUAUUUAUACAUAAAUAUAAAGUAUAAGGAGUAAUAAACAAACCCCUGUGUGCCUGCCGCCCACCUUAUGCCUUUCCUGUGAGGCACUGUGCUCUUCCCCAAACCAUCUCCCUACCUGUCUGAUCAAGGGAGUCCUGUCUUGUAUUUGUGUUGACUGUAGCCUUCCUGUCGUUUAUCAUUCUGCUUCCAUAUAUGUACACUUAAAUAAUAAUAAAUGCAGUUAAACUGGA